UGCAAUAUUUAUUUAAUGAUAUUCCCAUUAGUAUUUAUAAUAAUAUUCACCCAAAUGACAUUUUAUGUAUUUUAAGUAAUUUAAUUUUUUAUUUUUAUAAUAAUUUGACAUGUUUGAAUUUUUAUUCUCAUUUAUCUGAUUUUACAUGUGUAAUGAUAAAUUUAUUAACCCGGUUAGAAUUAUUUAUGAUAUCUGAUAACAAGCAAACUUUACAAUGGCAUCAGAUAUUUGGUUGGACAUCCAUUAUAAGUCCAAAUACAGAAAUUAUAAAUGCUAUAAAUAAUAAUAUCAAAUAUUUGUGGUCUAAAGACAUGAUUGAGAUCUUUUUUUCAAAUCUUUCCCAAAAUGAACAUGUAGAAAAGCAGAUUGAUACAAUUGAUACCAACUCAAUAUCCUCAUCAAGAUUCCGGUUUCUUAAUUAUUAUUGCCAGAAUGGUAAAAAUGAAAGUGGAAAAAAAUCACUCUCAUACCAACAUUUUUCAAAGUGCUAUGAUAAGAAGAUUGACAAGAUGAAGGAUACGGAUAUAAUAAGUGACUCGUUUGUCAGCCUAAUUUACACAAGCUUGUUGUAUGAAAAACUCAUGGACAUCUUGCCCCAGUUCAAAUUAUCUAUCAUAUCCUCUUUGGCAAUCAAUUACACCUUGAUACGUUCUUUUUGGCACUAUCUGAUUAAUUUUGAGUCAUUGGAUGUUUUAUUAAGCAAAUAUACUCAUUUACUUGACUCCUCGUUCUUCAAAGCUCUGAAUCAGCCAGCAAAUGAGAAACACUUUGUGAAUUACUCCCACCACGUUUUUCAACCUCUCAUUCUGUGUUGUGACAUAACUAGUCAUGCCAUAAUUUUGUUAGACGAUCAAGAAAUCUUUGAAGCUGAAACAUUAUUCUUUCAUCCUAAAAACACCCUCUCUAGAAUAGCCAAAUUUUUGAAUGUCCUAGUCUACACCAUGAUAUGCCAAACCUAUCCAUGCCCAAAGAAUAAUUUUGACUCUGAAACCAUCGGCAUUGCCGCCAGCACUAAUCGCGAAGAGCCUAAUCCCACAACGUUAAUUGGCAAAUACAAAACCGAAGUGAGAGGAAUGUUCUCUUCGAUAUUGAGCAAAAAAGUCAACAAUAAGAAUCCUUCCACCGCUACUUUCAUAAGUCCGACUAGCGAUAAAUUUAUCGUCGAUGAAGGUUUCCUCUUGUCCGAACCCGCUUUCACCUCCUGCCACGCCCUUUUAAGCGUUUUACACGACCGCGAUAUCAAAUCUCAUUUCGUUCCAUCACAGGAUCAUUGGUUGAUCAAGGAAGUCAAAAUAUCAAGUUUCCUUUCGAGGACAAGUCGCCGGAGUCAAGAGAGAGAUAGAUCAUAUUUGUUUUUGGAUUACCAAGAAUUAGACACUCAUUUGGAUCCAUUUUUGAUUCUUGAAGAAUACGCGGAAUCCCUACCCAGGGGGGCUACUCUUUAUAAAAGGGUCAACGGCGGAAGUGAAGAAGAAGACGAUAAGGAAGCCUUUUACGACGUUCCCCCAAAAUCUAAAAUCUUGCUUAAUAUCAUGCCACAUAUUCUUUCUCAGAAUGAUAGAGUUACGAUUUUCCGAAAAUAUUUGUCCCGCGAAUCAAACAGGGUCAAGCGAGAUGAAAAUGCGAAUUAUAUAAAAGUCCGCAGAAAUUCGAUUCUUGAAGAUGGAUAUGUCCAAAUAACGAAAUUAUCGCCGCUAGAAAUCAAAGGUAUUAUAAGGGUUCGCUUUGUCAACCCACAAGGGCUAGAAGAACCCGGGAUCGACCAAGAUGGCGUUUUUAAAGAAUUUUUGGAAGAGAUCGUUAAAAAGUUAUUCGAACCGGAUCUUAACUUAUUUCGGGUAACCAACGAUCAUAAAUAUUACCCAUCGGCAACCUCCUUUAUUCAAGAAAAUCACUUGAGCCUCUUCGAGUUCGCGGGUCUUCUCAUAGGUAAAGCCGUAUACGAGGGUCUGGUACUUGACACCAUAGAACUCGCCUCUUUUUUUCUCAAUCAAAUCAUUCAAAGGGGGCGGCGGUUAGUUGGCAUUAACAAUCAAAUAUUAUCUCAACGACAAGAAAAUAACGCGGUUGACGCUUCUUCUGCAGGAUCUUCGAAAAAUAAUGCAAAGAGAGUUGGCAAAAAGAUCAAGGACGAAAGAAGCGAAAAUUUGAAAUUACUCUACAGCCCGGUGGACGAAUUGGGAGCUGCUGACCCAGUUCUUUAUAAAAAUUUGAAAUACCUCAAGGAUUGUAAGGAAAACGUGAAAGAUUUGGGCUUAACCUUCGCCGUCAAUGUCGAAUGUCUGGGAAAGGUGGAAACCUGCGAAUUGAUGCCCGGUGGCACCAACAUAGCCGUCAAUCAAGAAAACAAAUUUUCUUACAUCCAUCUAAUGGCUCGCCACCGGUUGCACACCCAAAUACAUAAACAAGUCGAGACCUUUGUCAAAGGAUUUUAUUCCGUCAUAAAACCAGGGUAUAUAUCGAUAUUUUCCUCCACCGAACUUCAACAAAUCAUUUCAGGUGAAAAUAGAGAAUUAGAUUUGCACGACUUGCGUAAGCACACCAAAUACUACGGAGGUUUUCAUGAUAAGCACAGAGUAAUCGUUUGGUUGUGGGAUAUUUUAGUGAAAGAAUUCGAUAAACAAGAUCAAGCGAAAUUCCUAAAAUUUGUGACCAGUUGUUCGAGAGCUCCUUUACAGGGAUUUUCUCAUUUAGAACCACCUUUCGCUGUAAGAUGUGUCGAUGUUGGCGAUGAAGAGGACAAUGGAGAUACGAUAGCUACCGUUAUUCAGGGAUUCUUGUCACUUAAAAAACAGCCCAAUAAAUUGAACAAAACUAGACUUCCUACUGCAUCCACUUGUUUUAAUCUCUUAAAACUACCUAAUUACAGCAAGAAAAGUAUUUUGAGGGAAAAACUAAAAUACGCCAUAAAUAGCAAUACCGGAUUUGAAUUAUCUUAAUUAGAGGUGGGCGCG